UUCUAAGCUCUUACCUAAAUUCCUUGUAAAAGCAGAAACAGGUAUAUCUGUCAUAGUCACUUUCCCCUGCUUUAUCAUAUCUGAGUGUGAUAGCAGACUCCAAGGCAGCAGUGGGAAAGGAAAUUGUAAUGAAAGGAAAUAAAAAAUGUAAGCAUAAAUAUUAACCAUUUUCUUCAUCUCUCAAAUGCAGAUUAAUGGUGCUGGAAGGCUAGAACAUCCUUCUGGAGCAGCUUACAAAGGGGAAUUCACGUUUCACAGGGCUGGAACCUGCAAAUUUCCAAAUGGAGCAAAGUACCUUGGACUGUUCAAUGAAAACAAGUAUGUUUGAAAUGGAAGAGUUGUGUAAACUUUUCUAUUAGUUUUGAUUUUAUAAGUUGUAAUGUCCAAAUAAAAUUCACCCCACGUAGGAGUAGGUUUCUUUUGCUACCAGUGAAACUUGCACUGGGUACCUGAGAUUGCUUAUCCCAGUUGUGUCCAUUUCAUGAGAUCAGUCCAAAGUACGUAUUUCAUUUCCAGUCACGAGUUUUCAAGUUGGCUAUUUCACCCACCCACUUUUUAUUACCAGGUCUCUGGGCUCAGGUAGAGUUCAAAGAAAUAGAACAGUUCAGACCUCUUUGAGAGCUGUUGUUUCAAGCUGUUUGCAUUGUCUGCCUGUCAAAUUUGCUAGAUUUAAGUUUAAUUUUUCUUUAAGUACUUCCCCCAGUCCAGUAUCUGAAAUAAAUCUAAAAUGUGUAUUUGUUAAUAUUUGGCCUUUCCUCAAAAAAAACCCCAACAAAGCUCCGUCUUACCCUCCUGACCAAAAAUAAUAGUCACAAUAGUACUAGCAUGAUGACCAAUUCUAUUUUUAAGGUGUCAAACUCUAAAUGAGAUAUGUGUUAUAGAAUGUACCUGGAUACAAAAUAGAAACUUGUAUGGCAAACUCUAAUGUUUGGGGGAAAAAUUUAUUUCAAUACUUUAGAACAUAUUGAGUUAAUUUAUACCUCUAUUAAAA